UAACUGUCAACAGUCGAUUGUGAUUGGCCCAAAAACAAUUUCGACGGCAAUCUUCAAAAAUUGUGAUCCGUAGAGGGGCGAAUAACCUGAUACGAGGCUAGCGAUACGUUUUCGUCAUCUCCCAUCCCCCACUCCCAGUUCCCAGUCGGACGAGGAAUUCAAUUCACGCGCAGCAGUCGAAGCUCGAAGGUCGCAGCCGCACUCCGCAGCCCCCAUACUUGUAUUGAUGCCUUACGUCGUGUAGCCUGGCUGUCUAGUACCUACCGUGUGUUUGUGAACAAGCCCAAAUGCUAGUGAAGCCUCGAAACUUGACGCCAUAAACUUGUCCCAUGCAAAACGGAAAUCAGAGAAUCGUCUACUAAAUUUGUUGGAGCGAAUAAGUCUAAAUGGCAGUAUUACCAGAAGAAGUAGUUGGAAAAGCAAAAAUGAAUCUACUUAGUUUUUUAACUACUGGCAAACUUCAAAUUACUAAACUUCCGAAGCCCACUACUGGUAGUUGUGAUGAGAAAAUUGAUGAGGAAUCAGCAAAAGGAAGAUUUGGAUGGUUUUCUAUAGAAAAAAUAGAUGUACCAUAUAUAACGCGAUUGGGAGAAAAUUAUUGUUCUGUCCGGAUGGUGGAAAAAGUAUUAAGAAAAUGGCUGAAUCAUUUACAUCAGGAUAUUUACAACUGUACAAACAUAAGAAGCUAUUAUAUUACCGAGAUUGAAGCCCAACUUUUUAAUGAAAUAAAUUUUAAACAUUGUGAUACUCAAUUUGGUAGAGAACUAUUUACAGCACGGGAUUUGAUAGUGAAACUGACUGAUGCAAACGAAUUUCACCAAUUUUUAGGAUAUUGCUACCAUAAGUUAGUCAAUACUAAAGUUUAUCUGCCCAACCGGUGUGGAUUUAUCCAAAUAAAUAAACAAUCUGUGGUGCCCUAUACUAUAUAUAAAAGCCAAAAAUGUCUACCACUUUUUUAUUUCGAAGGUGAAGUAGACCACCUUAAACCUCUUACAAAUAAAAUAGAAGGAUGGGAUCUUUCGUAUUUAAAGUUUUGUUGUAAAGUGCAAGGGAUAAGAAAUGAGCUAUUUGCACAUGAUUCUUGUUCAGUUAUAACUUUGAAUGAUAUCAAAAAAUACUUCCCUGCUGGAACAGUUUUUGAAGAUUACUGGCCCAAUAACACUUUAGAACUCUCCGAACUUUUGAUAAAAGGAAGAUCACGUUUACCACAAAAUGUCCUCUGGAGUAGGCCAGGUGCUUCACCAAUAAACACAGUUGCACGUCCAAGUUUUAAACAAGCAACACAAGUAGAAGCAGCAACCAAUCGACCAAUACAAUAAUUUCUAUAUUGGUUACUGGUGGUCAAUCUGCAUACCACAUCACUCAAUCCAAGGCAGCCAGAUCUACAAUUAGAAGUUAUCCAUGUUUCGCAACUAGACAGGCAAGACCUGCA